AUGUAUAUUUUACCAAUUAAUACCAGGGCAAAAACAACUGCUUUAAAACAGCCAAAAGAAUUAUUUACAUUUAAUAGAGAUGAAAAUGGAGAAUUUCAUUAUGAUCCGAAUCAUGAAAAUAUAAAUUAUUAUUAUUUUCCAAAUACUAAAAUUGAUGAAAAUAUAGAUUUACAAUCUGGUUUUAAAAAUUUUAAACAAAUACCAAUUCAAGAUAAUUUACCUAAUUUUAAGUCAUUCUUUAAAUUUUUAAUAGAAUAUGAGAAAGAAAAUGGUAAAGUUUCAUCUGAUAUUGUCACAUUUCGAGGAAUAAUGACUCGUAUAUUAUCUUUGCCUAAUAAUUUAUCAGAUCCAAUAGAUUUAUACAUUGUUGCUUAUGAUGGUUCUUUAUUUGUUAAAUUAGAUGAUGAAAUGGAAUUAAAAAGACAAAAAGAUCAAGAUAAUCGACAAAGACAAACUACAUCUAAGGAAAAAUAUGAAUUUAUCAAAAAAUGCGAAUAUGCUGGUUAUAAGUUUGAAACUAUCACCACGUUAAAAAGACCAUGGGCUGAUACAUCAAGAUCUACAAUUGAGAAAAGGAAUAAAAAAGUGGUGAAUAAUUAUGAACAAUUUUUAUCUGUGAUUAAAACGGGAAUUGGUAAAAAUAAAAUUGUUUUAAUUGGUGAAGUUGAUUGUUGUUGGAAUUAUGUUCCUGAUGAGAAAUCAAAAAUACUUUCAAAUUAUGUAGAAUUGAAAACUACAAGAUUAAUUGAAAAUAAUAUGCAAGUUGUUAAUUUUGAAAGUAAAAAAUUAUUUAAAACUUGGUGUCAAUGUUUUUUAAUGGGAAUUACAAAAAUUAUAUAUGGUUUCCGCGAUGAUAAUUUAAUAUUAAGAAAUAUUGAAUUUUAUAAUACUGAUGAGAUUCCAGUUAUGUUGAAAAAUAAUCCAUUGACCCAUAAUUCAGAUAAAAAAGUGAAUUGUACAAAUUGUUUAAAAUGGUAUGGAGCUGUUGUUGACUGGUUAAAUGAUACAAUAAAUAAACAAGAUGAAACUAAAAGUUAUAAAUUGAAAUAUGAUCCAAAUGAUAGAUCAUUUACUGUAAAAGAAGUUUCAAAAGAAAGGAAUGAAAAAUUAAGAAAUGGUGAAUUGUUAUCUGAAGAAUUUAAAGAAUGGAGACAAAGUUUAAAAAAUAAUAAUAAAUAA